AACCCUAACCACAAGUCAGAACCAACCUUAGAGCUAACGGAGCUAAAAAUCUAAACACUUUGAGCUGUGUUUGUGGGUAUGAAUAUGUAUGUGAAUCAAGGUGUAGCAGGAUCCACAUUAACCCACAAGGAGAUGUUGAAGGACUUUUAGUCAAAGCUUUCCCCAACCCUGUGGAUUUAAAGUUAGAAACAUCUUGCACAGCUGAGAAGGAGACAAAAGGUGUGAAGAUGGACAUCGCAGAGUUCCGCAAGCGAGGGAAGGAGAUGGUGGACUAUAUAGCUGAUUACCUGGAGAACAUUGAGAAAAGGCAGGUUUACCCUGGAGUGGAGCCCGGCUACCUACGAGCACUUAUUCCUGAGGUGGCUCCUGAUGAGCCAGAGACGUAUGAAGAUGUGAUUAAGGACAUCGAGCGGGUCAUCAUGCCAGGGAUCACCCACUGGCACAGCCCAUACUUCUAUGCCUACUUCCCCAGUGCCAACUCCUUCCCUGCAUUACUAGCAGACAUGCUGUCGGGGGGAAUCGGCUGCGUUGGCUUCUCCUGGGCUGCGAGUCCGGCCUGUACUGAGCUGGAGACAGUGAUGCUCGACUGGCUGGGAAAAAUGCUGAAGCUGCCCGAGGAGUUUCUAGCAGGAACGGAGGGCAAAGGAGGAGGUGUGAUUCAGGGAACUGCUAGUGAAGCGUCUUUAGUAGCACUUCUCGCCGCUCGCUCCAGAAGCGUGAAACACGUUCAAGCUGAUCAUCCUGAGUGGACCGAAGUGUACAUCAUGUCUAAACUAGUAGCUUACGCUUCAAACCAGGCUCAUUCAUCCGUUGAGAGAGCAGGGCUAAUAGGAGGCGUGAGAAUGAAAAAACUUCCCACUGACAGCAAGUUUGCCGUGAGGGGAGAGGCACUGAGGAAAGCCAUUGAGGAGGACAAAGCAGCAGGUCUCAUUCCCUUCUACUUUUGUGCCACACUGGGAACGACUCCAUCGUGUGCAUUUGACUGCAUCACUGAGCUCGGACCCAUAUGUAACGCAGAGGGGAUAUGGAUGCACAUUGACGCUGCCUACGCAGGAAGUGCAUUCAUCUGUCCUGAGUUCCGACCUCUCUUGGAUGGCGUGGAGUUUGCUGACUCCUUCAACUUUAAUCCUCACAAAUGGCUGCUAGUGAACUUCGACUGCUCCACGAUGUGGGUGAAGAAAAGGGCUGAUAUUAUUGGGGCGUUUAAGAUGGACCCACUUUAUCUGAAGCAUGACCACCAAGAGUCAGGAUUAGUGACGGAUUAUAGACACUGGCAGAUCCCACUGGGUCGGAGGUUCCGCUCGCUGAAGUUGUGGUUCGUGUUGCGCAUGUAUGGACUCCGAGGUCUGCAGCAGCACAUCCGCAAGCAAGUUGCACUGGCUAAGGAGUUUGAGAGUUUGCUGUUAGCAGAUGAACGCUUUGAGAUCUGUGCUGAAGUGGUGCUUGGCCUGGUCUGCUUCAGAUUAAAGGGCUCGAACGACCUGAAUGAAACCCUGCUGAAGAGGAUCAACAGCGGUCGCAGGAUUCACCUGGUGCCGUGCCAGUUGGCGGGUGUGUUUGUGUUGCGCUUGGUUGUGUGCGCUCGCACCACCGAGUCACGGCACAUUCAUGAGGCCUGGACUCACAUCACUCAGCUGGCAUCCGGGCUUCUCUGUGAGAACCAACACUGAGCACCGGGCACAGCACUGUUCUCGCUAAUCAUUCUCUCUUACACACAUCCUGCUGCUGCAAUUCUUUCUCAUCUUUCUGCGUGUUUAUAUGUGUGUGAGAUCUGUCGUUGUCUGCAAAGUGGUUAUAUAUGGAUAAAAAGUAUAACGUGUCUGUAAUAAAUUAAAAAUUAUAAUUGCUGUGCUAUAAAAGGAAUAAAACACUUUUAAGAAGUGAUAUAAAUGGAAAAUAAUGAACUUUAGGGUACUGACAGUAACUCCCAUUGAUCAUUUUCUUAUACCACCACACCCCUAAAGUGUUUUUAGAAAACAAGAGUUUAUUCUUUCUAAAAUCCAAAAUGGUGGAAUUCUUAAAAAAAACUAAAAUGUACUACUCAAUUUGGACUUAUGCCUCACUGAUUUCUCAAUAUUGCUUCUUCCUUAUAUUUCCUAAAAAAAACCAAAUAAACUAGCUACCUAAUGUUAUCACUGUGUUCACUCCAAAAUCACGACGAUGCCUGAUUUCUUGCUGCAUUUGUUCGAAAUCUACUUAGACAGAAUUAUAAUACUGAUGAAAUGAAACCAGUUCUUGAUAGUGGACUUGCCUAUAUUUUCCUAAAGCGUAUAUAUGUGUCUGUAACGAAUUAUUGGUCGAUUUUAGAAAUAUAUCUAAAAUCAGAAUGAGGUUUUAUUGGUGGUAGUUAAUGGAACAAAGUAUAAAGGAAGUGUUUUGGGUGUCAUUCUGUCAUUGUGUUAUUAUGUAUUGUAGCCUGGUGUUGGAUUUUUGUUGUUAUCUGGCUUACCAAUGUGCACAAACACUGUUAUUGUUACUCAUCAUCUUGAGAUUUUGGCAUUGAAAAGGUUCAGACUUAAAGCUACUUGCUUUAAUCUAAUGGGACAUGAUUUGGGUUCUGCAGUGACUUCUGAAAUAAAUGAAUGAAUAUUA